AAAGUCACGUGAUUUGUUUGGGUUCCGCAUUAUGCCACCUAGCGGAGCAAACGAAAAACAAUAAAGAUGUCAAGUGGACACUUAAAAUAUGGUUAUUUUGUGUUGAAGAAUUUGAGGUGAUGUUAAAUAUCUUACCCAAAUAAGAUAAUGUCGGGGCAGAAAAUCGACCAAAGAUUUGCUGAUUAUUUUGUCAUCAGCGGUCUUGACGUAACUUCUGGCUUAGAACCGGACCAACUUUCGGGUGACAAUCUUCACUGUGCACCGCUACGUCGCCCCUACAAGUCACGUGUUCUUGCCAACUAUCCUGACUCACUGCCAUGGAAUCCCAUAGACAAGGAUGCUGUUGGCAUGCUUUGCUUGCCAAAAGGCUUAACGUUUCGAACUGAUAGACAAGAAAGGAAGCCAAAGUUCCACUCAUUUGUCAUAACGCGAGAGGAUGGCUCUAAGCUGUACGGGUCGUCCUACGUAGUAUAUGAGCAGGUGAGGAACCUGCAGAUCUGUGCGGCCAUGCAGACCUUGCAGCACAUGCAUGAAGCUGAAGGAACCCUCCACACGUCGGGCUCUCUAACCCUUCAAGAAUACUCACAUGACCGCAGUCUUGUACCGGUUGAGCGUCAAGAAACGGACGAACGAGAUAUCGACACCAUGGAAUCCUACGAUAUAAAAACUAAUAAACUUUAUGUGACAAAGUCUUUAUGCUUAAUAUCACAAGUUCAGUUUGUUUCUGCCCCAAGAACGUUUUUAAAACAGCUUGCAGAAGCUGUCAAUAAGCCUAUAAUAGCCCAGCUGCCAUUGGAAGCUUACAUUUAUAACCUGUUGUAUGAUGUUCCCAUGCCCCCUCCUGGUAGGAGCAUGAAGUUCUAUGGAGUCACAUCACCAAUCUUCUGCCAAAGACCAAUGACUUGGAGUGUUAUCACAGGUACUGGUGAGCUGCCCCUGUUUGACUUCUCCCUCUGGGACCUGGUGCGACUCCUGGGCCUUGACCAUCUCGUGCAGCUGUUUGUCAGUGUGCUACUGGAGCACCAGAUACUGCUGUAUUCAUCAGACUAUCACCGCCUGAUGCUGGUCUCUGAGAGCAUAGUGACGCUGGUGUUCCCGUUCACAUGGCAGCACGUGUAUGUGCCCAUCCUGCCAGCGUCCCUCCAGCACUUUCUUGAUGCCCCGGUCCCCUACAUCAUGGGGCUGCACCAUGCAGAGGAUGACACCUCCAAACCACACCUGCCUAAUGAGGCAAACCUAUGUUUUGUUGACAUUGACAACAACAGUGUCCAAGUAGCAGAGGACUUGCCAACAUUUCCCUUUGAGCAAGAGCUAAAGGAAGAGUUGUACCAAGCCAUUGUGAGCAGCAAAGAACACAUGCUGAAAGAGACGUUCACAGAUUCUGUGAUAUCUAGUCCAAAGAGGAAACCAACUCCGCGGCGACUGACAAAUCUGGAGCCAGAACCAGGCAUGAGGAAGAUUCACAGCACAUCAGGAUUGGAGAAGAUGGAGAUAUUACAACAGAGUGAGGCUUGGUCCAAGAUCUCCGCACUUGCCAAGAAAACUGGGGUGUGGAAUAAAGAUUUUGGGGAUCUGGAGGCAGAAAUGUCACCGAAAAUUGCCAAAGAAGAAAUCUCGAAAGAGAAGUUUAUAGAACUGGACAAAAUGUUGCCCAGGGAACUUGAGGAAUUAAAGUUCAACAACUCGAUUCGUGAAAUUUUCUUAAACAGAUUCGUGAACAUGUUCUGUUGGUAUGAGGAAUUUGUGAUUAUGAAUUCCCAGGACCUUGACUCGUGGUUGAGUAGUCGAGAGACGAUGCAGAACUUUGACAAGGCGUCUUUCCUGAGUGACCAGGCCGAGAGUUACCUCCCUUUUCUCAGCCCGUUCCUGGAGACGCAGAUGUUCGCUACAUUGAUCGACAACAAAAUCAUUGCCAAUUGGGAGGAGGCCGACCUCAACUUGAAAGUGUUCGAGAGCCGUGUCAAGUUGCUCAAAGAGGGACUCGAGAUUUCAUCACAACGAUCUCAAACUUACGUUAAUUGCUCAAAAAUCAAAGAAACUGAAAUGUUGAUUGACAAGCGUUCCAAUUACAUGGACUACACGGGGAAGAAGCCAGGUCUUCCAGAGGAUGUACAGCUACCUGCCCCCCUUGAGAUAGGGAUGUUCCCCAUCCUGGACAAGAACAUACUCAACUCUGAAGAAAAUAUUAAACCCAAGAUGAAGGACAGUGCCAAGUGGCGGCGGAAAGAUCGUCUGCUGCAGCAGUCAGAACAUCUCAAACUGAACUCUAGGCAGCGAGAGUUGUCCCUUUUGGGAUCUGUUGCAAAGCAAACCUGGCUUAUAACUCGGACUGUAGCGAGUCAAGACCCAGACACGUUCAGUUGCGACACAAACACAGACCACUCUGUGACACUGAGUGAUGAUAAGUUCCUUGCGGAGGCGCGUAGCAAGCUGGUGCAGCCUCGACUGACAGAGAUGGCUGCUGGGGGUAUGGAACAGACCAACUGGAAGUUUGUGGAAACUCUGCUCAAGGAAUGCAAGACUAAAACAAAGCGUAUGUUGGUUGAGAAGAUGGGCCAGGAGGCGGUAGAGCUGGGCCACAGUGAGGGCAACAUCACAGGUGUGGAGGAGAACACGCUGAUAGCCAGCCUGUGUGACCUGCUGGAGAGGAUCUGGAGUCAUGGGUUGCAGACCAAGAAGGGCAAGUCUGCACUGUGGUCUCACCUACUGAACUAUGUGGAGUCGGAUGAAAGCAGUAACGGCAAGUCUACUAACACUAGUCCUCUGUCACCAGUUUUGACACCGACCAGUCUGCAAUCGCAGAAAGGAAUGCGGAGAAGUCGGUCCCUCGCUGAUUUAAACAGUUCUCUCACGGACAUAUAUGCCACACUGUGUAACCUGUCUUCCAACUUGGCGCUGCCAGGGGAAGGGGAAAAGACUGCACGUCGGGGCCAUCGCCGGACUGGGAGCAGGGGUCACAUAGAGUUACCUUCCUUGAAACCACUGCCAAAAACACUGGCCUGUGAUAUGAGAAGGGUUCAGGAAAUGAGCGACAUCAAGACGGACGUGGGAUGUGCACGAGCCUGGGUGAGACUCGCCCUCGAGAAGAAGAUGCUCUCCACACACCUGAAGGAACUACUCUCUGACUCAUACAUUCUAAGGAACCUGUACAAGCGUUACGCAUUCCUGCGCUGUGAAGACGAGAGGGAACAGUUCCUGUACCACCUGCUGUCCCUCAAUGCCAUGGACUACUUCUGCUUCACCAACGCAUACCACAAUACAGUUGUGCCAUAUCGAGUGCUUAUCUUCCCGAGCCUCAAGUUUGGUUGUACAACAACCAGUGCCAACCCCUGGAUCACGUUUGCAGGCCACAUGGGUGAGACGGGCGUUAUAGAGAUACCCAAGGGAGUGCUCGAGUUUGCAGUAGAGCACAAGAACCUGGGGGUGUUGACGACUCUAAGGAUCGGCCAUGACAACAGUGGCAUCACCCCUAAAUGGCUCGUGGAACAUGUCCUCAUACGCAAUGAGAUUUCUGGUCAUACAUACAAGUUUGCAUGUGGUCGCUGGCUGGGGAAGGGGGUGGAUGAUGGCAGCAUAGAGCGACUGCUUGUAGCAGAGCUGCUGCCUCAGAACACGGACACCAAUGAGCUUGUGACUGGGUCAAAGACACCUCCAAGGGCAAGGUCACCGGUGUCCCUACGGAAACCAGCUGAAUCUGUGAGUCUGUCAAUACCUGACAUUCAGGAGAUGCUGGGCCAAGCAGUCAAUGGGCUCAUCAAACAUUACUACAGGCCAGAAAAAGAGCGUGGCAACCUGACGUACCUGCUGUGUGGAGACCGGGGCCUGGUACACUGUAUGGAGCUCAUCUUCCUCUAUGGCUUCCGCUCAGCACGCCUCUUUAGGAACAAGUUCUACACCUGGGACUACCUGGAGCGUGUGCGUUCCCACAUCGAGGCGUCCCUAACAAGCGAGUCUACACGGCGCCCCCUCAGUGAGGCUGACAGGACAGUGUUCAGGGAGUUCUCCACCCUCCUCACCAAGAUUAACGGGGCUGCUGAAUCUGUCGGCAAGGAUGGCAAACUGCAGAUCUUUGUCUGUGUGGGAAUCAGGGAUCACAGCCUUCAGAAGUGGCUGCCUGUGAUCGCCCGGAACAUCGUGACAGCUCAGAUGUACGAGGAGAAGUCGUUCAUGCGAGACCAUGACCUCAUCACCUUCAUCAACCAAAUCCUCGACACGCUCAACGACUUUGACAUCGUCCUCGAGUCUUCCCUCGUACGAGGCUUUGACAUAUAGACUUGAUGUAUAGACCAUGUGGAGAACAUACAGUCCUCCCUGGUGUUGAUAUGUAGGGCUUAAUCUGCCAUCUACCAUGAUAGCCAAUGUCUAGAAAAGACAUAAAAUAUGGCUAAAUAAAUGUAUAUUUGACUACAACAUUUCCCUCGUAUGUCUUUAUGUCUAAGAGGGAAAUUUUCGUUGUACGGUCAAUUUGGAUAAAGGAAGCCCUGCAUGUUAGGUACAGUCUUACCAAAUAUAAGGUAGCAUAUGAUGCUUUCAAUCUGUAAGCAAGCACAUUAGAAAGUUCUGAAAUAGGCUGAAGACCUUGGUGUUUCUAACCUACAGCUUGUUUCCAUGGAGCCCACUAUACCAGGCAGCACAUCCUGUAAGCUGUUGUUAGCUGAAAGCUUUUUGUCUCCUAACAUGAUUUAACUAUUGUUACAGCAGGUCAUAUAAAGCCAUUUAGAACUAUAUAAGUAUGUGUCAGGUUUCUCAAUAACAUGAUGCUAAUUUGAUUGUUUUAAUAUCUAUCAUAGAUGGACCAUACCUGUUUGUAUACUAACAAGACCAUAGCCAAUCCCCUAUCAUUUUAAUAGAUUUUUUUAUAGUUACGGCACUUGAAGACAAAAAUUAUGUGGUUGAAAUAUUGUUUCUGGGCUAAAUGUGAGGUAGGACAAGCCCUCAAAUCCAUUUUAACCCAUUUAUGCCUAGUGGACUCUCCCAUCCUUCUAAAUCGGAUCAAUUUAUUUCCAAAAUAAGGGAUGUCAAGUAUAUGUAUUUCUAUAUUUAGAAUAUUUCUUACAGAAAUUCCUCAUAGCAAACAGCGCAGACCCUGUUGAGACGCCGCAUCAUGCCGCGUCUCAUCUGGGUCUACGCUGUUUGCCAAGGCCUUUUUUCUAGACGCUAGGCAUAAAUGGGUUAAUCAUUAUAUGGUUCAUGGUUUUUGUUCUUUGAUAAAAGAAGUUUAACAUUACAAGAAUUACUCUCCUGAGAAAGGAGCUAUAUAACAUGUAUUAUGAAAUCAAAAACAAGGUAAAUGUGCUGUCUCAAUUGUAUGUUGAUGAAAUCAAAGUAUUAUUGCUAAUGUAUGGAUGUGUGUGUGUGAGAUAGACAUCUUUAUAGCUGUAGGUUUUUCUUUGAAAAAAACAAGUCCCUGACAUUUAAAUGGUCUGAAAAAUUAAAUGUACUGUACAGGAGUUCACAAAAUUGUUUAUGAAAUUAUGUUUUCAGUUUUUUCUCCUUUUUAUCUGAAAGGUAAGCCUUGAUAUAAUUAUAUGUUUAUUGUGAGAGUUUUAGUUAACCUGAUAUGCUAGUCUCCACAAGUUCUUUAUGAAUUGGUGUCAAGUAGUGAAGCUUGGCUGUGUAUUCAUUGUUUCCAGUCAAUUUAUCUCUGUCAAUAGAUGUAUAUGAUGGAAUACAUGGUUUUGUUUAUAAUGUUAAAUGUUGCUUUGCACUCACUUGUAGGACAUUUAGCUUUCUUUUGAAGAUUGUUAUGAUAUAGACACCAACUGUCAUUUAAAGAUAAGUGUCGCACAAUCAAAUUUAAUAGUAGUAAUGUAUACAUAUUUUGUGUUUUAGACUUAUUUACCAUCUUGAUAAAAAAAAUGUAUCUUUAUAAUAUGUGUUUGUUCAUUUACAGAUAUGUAUGUACGACAGAGUAAUAAGUAUACAAAAGACUGCUGUCUCAAAAAAUAUUACUUUUUUAUGUGACUAUUUCUACAUGACGUGUUGUUAUAAGUCGAUUCCAUGGCUCACAUAUUACAGGGCAUACACAAACUUUUUGUUUUUGUAAUGAUACACAGUCAUUACCUUAAAUAUUGCAGUGUUUUACUUUUGGUUAAAUGUCUACUUACCUUUAAGUUCAUUUUUGUGUUAUUAAUUUGCAUGAAAAUAUUACCCAUACUUCUAUUUAAUCUUACAUUAACAUUUCAUUUGUUACAUUCAUAUGUUAUUGGUAACAAUUACUUACAUUGACUUUUUAUUUGUCAGCAUAUACAUAUGUGCAAUUUCCUAACCAUAGUGUUAAUCAGCUGACAUGUUACAUUAAUUUAUCAGAAAUAUGUGUAGCCCUUGUUUAUAUACUGUGUAAUUUUUACAAACUAACUACAUUGUACAUGUACAUGUAUUUAUAUGGAAAAAGGCAUUUCCUCUGGGCCUUUAAACACAGUGGCACCCCUGUGCCUGAAUGUUCUAAUCAGAUGUACCCAGAGCUCCAGAUAAGAGGCGUAUCUUCGUAUUUACGCAUUGAAAAAAAAAAAAACGCAUUAAAAAUUGGCCCAGUACGUAACAAAACGCAAUUCAAAUCUUAGUACGUAUUUUAAAUCGAUAAAAGUUCGUAACCCGAUAAAAAAAGGGAUGUUUUAAGCGACCAGCGGCUGCUGCGGGAUAUUUUAAAAGGAAGUCUGUUCAUAUCGUCAUUUCAAAUUCAUUCUGUUUGCAUUCAAUAAUUUAAAUAACAAAUAAUAAUAUUUCUAGAUUUAACAUGCCAUUUACUUUGUCAGUUUUCUAUGGAAAUGGAAAAUACCCCUAAAUAUUCCUGAAUACCCUUUAUGGCUGAAACAAAGGAGUAAAAUACGCUUUAACAAUAAUAUCAGGUGUGAAAUACCCUUAAGACUAAAUUCUUAUCUGGAGCUCUGGAUGUACCCCUGUGCCUGAAUUUCCUAAUCAAAUGUACCCCUGUGACUGAAUUUCCUAAUCAGGUGUACCCCUGUGUCUGAAUUUACAAAUCAGAUCUACCCCUGUGCCUGAAUUUGAUAAGGAAGGGUAUCUCUGUGUAUAAAUUAUCAAUUCAGGAACACCUGUAUACCUAAAAUUUCCAAUUUUCAUAUGUAUGCAUGUUUUAGCUGUAGAAAUUACAUUAUGGGACACCUAAAAUUAAGAAAUAAAAUCGAAUCCAUGGCAAACUGUGGGUCUUUGCCCCUGUGCUUUAACCAAAUCCUGUUGAAAAUCAAUUGUGUCUUUCUAUGAUGAAUCAAGCAAGUGUCGAUUGCUAUAUAAAAUUUCCAUCAAUUAAAAUAUCUGUCUUAUAAUUGUAAGCAGACCUUAAGCGAAGCACACAGUUUACUUUUUCAGUUCUCAUAUAGUGCUUUUUAGUUGACACCCCAGCUUGUAAAGUUGGUUGAAGGCUAACUUGUUUUUGUGACACAGUCCUUUGUCUGUUGUUAUCUUGCACAUUUUAAGUCUUAAGGGGCAUCAAAUGAUAGCUCGAAAAUUUAUUUGAGUUUUCUUUAGCCAUUAAUAUACUUUUACUUGUCACAGUACUCUAGUCACCAUUUCCUUGCACAAUGCCAUAAAAGCAUAGAAUAGAUGUAUACUUAUUUUUGUAUUUGUGAUAUUCACAUUGUCAAUAGCUCAAAUAGUGUUCUCUAAGUUAAUAGAAACUAUGAGUAACUGUUAAGUGCUUUUGCGUCUCGUACAUUUGGACAAUAAGAGAAACUGUGUAAUGUUGGUAAUAAUGCUCUCCCCAUAUUUUGCCCAUGUUUAUUGUUUACUUUUGAAGCCAUAAUGAUUAAGAUGCACCUUAUGUGGUUCAUUCAAGUAGUUGAUUUGUAGGUAUUUUAUUGGUAUUGAAGUAUUGACUAUUGUCAUAUUUUUAUGUCCCUUUAUUGAAUACCAACACAUUUAUGUAUUGUCAUACUAAAUGCUUGUUGUCCUCAACCGGUUUCACCGCAGGGGACUUAUGGUUUGCGCUCCGUCUGUCAGUCCGUCCGUCUGUCACACUUUUCUGGAUCCUGCGAUAACUUUUAAAGUUCUUUAUAUUUUUUCAUGAAACUUGAAACAUGGAUAGAUGGAAAUAUGGACAUUAUGCACGUCAUUUCAUUUUGUUCUUACAUCAAAAAUUAUGGUUGCUAUGGCAACAAAUAGACUAGAAAUACUGCUGAAAAUGGUGGUUUUCUGGAUCCUGCAAUAACUUUUAAAGUUCUUAAUAUUUUUUCAUGAAACUUGCAACAUGGAUAGAUGGCAAUAUGGACAUUAUGCACGUCUUUUCAUUUUGUUCCUACGUCAACAAUUGUGGUUGCUAUGGCAACCAAAUUUUUUUUUUAAUUCUGAAAAUGGUGGAAUUUCUGACAAUGGUGGAGCCGGUAGGGGACAAUAUUGCUUGACAAUAGCCUUGUUGCUUAUGACUUGUUUCAUACAAAUUGUUCAACAUGCCCUAUACACAAUAUCUUUGAUAGUCAAGCUUAAAAGUUGAAGUUUAAAGGUGUCUUCAGCAUUAUUACAAGGUGAUUAUAUGUUAUGUGUCCCCUCCCCCUUCCCCACCAGAAAAAAUAUUUUGUGCUUGUUAGUCCCCUACCGGUUUCACCGGAGGGGACUUAUGGUUUUCGCUCUGUGCGUCUGUGAGUCUGUCACACUUUUCUGGAUCCGGCGAUAAUUUUAAAAGUUCUUAAUAUUUUUUCAUGAAACUUUGAACAUGGAUAGAUGGCAAUAUGGACAUUAUGCACGUCAUUUCAUUUUGUUCCUACAUCUAAAAUUAUGGUUGCUAUGGCAACAAAUAGACUAGAAAUACUGCUGGAAAUGGAGGUUUUCUGGAUCCUGCGAUAACUUUAAAAGUUCUUAAUAUUUUUUCACGAAACUUGGAACAUGGAUAGAUGGCAAUAUGGACAUUAUGCACAUCAAUUCAUUUUGUUCUUCGUCAAAAAUUAUGGUUGCUAUGGCAACAAAUAUAAAAAAAAUAAUCUGAAAAUUUUGGAAUUUCUGACAAUGGUGGAGUCGGUAGGAGACUUAUAUUGCUUGACAAUAGUCUUGUUUUUUCAUAGAAAUAAACCCUCACUAUGAUUGAAUCUGAAUGGAGGACAAAAGCUCUGUCUGAUAUUGGCUCACCAGAUAUGGGCGGACAAAAGCUCCGCUGCUAAUUUACCACCUUUGACUAAAGCUCUCCCACAACACAACUAUACCAGAAAAAGAUUCUGGAUGAUUUCACAACCCUUGAUGAAAACUCGCCUGUAUAUUCUGAGACACGGACAAAAACUCACCUGUAUAUUUCUUUAAUUUAAGAUCAUUUCUUGUCCUUUUUUUUAUUUUCAGACACAAAAAUAUGAAUACAAAGUUUGUAUACACUCCAUUCAAACACUGGUAAAAUCAAUUAUCUAUAAUUGUGGGCCUAAAAGUCAGUUGGUAUAAUGUGUUUAAAUUGUGUUUAGAUAGAGUGUAGGACAUUAGCCCUCUGGGACAUUAGCCCCUAGAACAAAAGCCCCUAGGACAUAAGCCCCUUUGGACAUUAGCCCCCUAGGACAUUUGCCCCUUAGGACAUUAGCCCCUACAUAUGUUUACAUUCAUUUUUUAAGUAUUUAAUUUCAUCUUUUUUUUAAUUAAUGGAAUUAAUGGGUUAUUUUUUUUAAACAGCAACAACAACACAAUAUGUUACUUAUGUAUCUAAUUGUAAGGUAAUUUUAGACUUCUGGAUGGUGUCAGAUAGCAAAAUGUUUGCAAAAUAAGUCCAAAGAUAAAAAUAGUAAAGAAAUUGUAAAAAAAAACACUAAAAUUUACGUGUGUGGUACAAGCUAUAUAUAUUGUUUCUAUAUACAUAUGAAAUUAAAAAAAUGGAAUAAAAAUGCUUACCUGUAAAAAAAGUUUUGAACGUUUUGAAACACCUGGGGGCUAAUGUCCUAGCAUGCACUUUUUUAAAGGGGCUUUUGUCCUAGGGGCUUUUGUCCUAGGGGCUUAUGUCCUAUGGGCUAAUGUCCUAGAGGGCUUAUGUCCGUAACCCGUUUAAAUUCAUUAGUGUUCACAUUGUCUGCCUCCUUACAAUUUGACUGGUGAGCUUAUGUGGGGUUAGGUGACCCCCCCCCCCCUAACCAUAGCGUUCAGUUUAAUUUGAAUUAAAAAGGGAAGGAUUGUGUACAGGGCGCAAACUGAAUAAAGUUGGAGGGAAGGAGAGAGGGGGAUUAUGUCACUAUAAUGUGCGAAAGAGCUUUGUCUGGUACCCUGAAUGACGUGAGCAUGGGGUGAUGAAGUGAGGCAAUACUUGUCCGUGUGUAUACAUGUAUGUAAUAAUGCUACCAAAGUUUCACAAUUACCAAACUUAUAAUUAUGAGCGCCAAAGAUAUCAAAAUAUUUUCAAAAGUAACCAGAAUAGUUUAAUAAAAAAAAUAGUACACUUGUAUGUAUACACCUUGUUCAUUAAUACAAAAUUUCGCACAAUUAUGUUAUUCUUGUGUGAAAAGAAAUUGAAGUGAAUCAUAUGAUGAUCAUAAUUAUUACAAGCCUUACGGAAAACUGGUGGUCAAACUUCUGUAUUCACUUGAUUUACUAUGUCCAUGAUGUUGUCGGGAAGCAUAAUGUUUUUUUGGUCAUGAUUUAUUGAUUGCAUGCUACAAUAGUUUGUUUUAUGUUCAAUUAGACAAUAAAAGGACGUUGUUGAUGAAAUGAAUUUUUUUAACUGUACUUGUUUUAUAUGAUUUUAAUAUGUCUAAAACGUGUGUAUUGGAUAUUAUUAUACAGUAACUUAUGUUUGUCCACAGAAAUCAAAAUAAUGCUAAGUAAAUUGGAAUUUGGAGUUUAAAAUCGUAAGACACUGCUUAUUCUGUUAAUUAGUAUAUACGAGGUGUAACCGCAUGUAAGGAUUAUGUCUUUGAAGCCAAUUGCUUCUUGGUAGAAAUUGGACUUGCAUAUUAAAACUUUAGUUUGAUUUACUAUUAUCCCUUCCAUAAUAAAUGCAUUUAUUUACCAUCUGCAUUUGUUAUUUUGCCUGUUAUUGAAUUAAAUAAACGUUAUUUACUUAA